ACACCAAGGGGGAAAACUGAGAGAGAGAGAGAGAGAGAGAGAGAGCAAUAGCAAGAAGGGAGGUGAUCAUCAUGCAGCUGUCAUUCGAUAUCGAAACCCCUCAUGCAGCUGCGAGAAACCCCUUUUCACCUGUCGGAACUACCCCUUCGCACCACCCUCUCUAGAUUCCUCCCUCCCUCCCUCCCUUAAUUUCCCAGCUCGAUCCCUCUACUACUAUUUCUCUUCUCUCUCUCUCUCCCUCUCUCUCUCUCUUCAAAAUUAAGAAGCUAUAGGAACAUGGAAGGAGCUGAGACCACCAAAGAAGAGGAUCAAGAGAAAACUGCAACCCAUAUUCAUCCGAGAAAUUAACAUCGGUUUCUUCUUGCGUUAGAGAUAGACCCAACUAAUUAACUACUUCUCCGGCUAUGAUUGGGUGAAAUACAAAGAAACCCAUGUCUUCUUUUCAUUAGUAGAAAACCAAGCCCACCUCUCCCCCCCCCUUACUACAUCUAGCUAGCUAGCUAGCUAGUUACUGGAAAAUUAAGAGGCUGAGGUGGUGUUAUCAAUUUGCAUAGAUGGCUGCUUCUUCUUCCUCUUCCACCCCUUCUGCUUCCGGCGGCUGGCAGUUCCGGUCGAGGUUCGGCGACACGACCCACACGAAAGUCUUCGUCGGCGGGUUGGCGUGGGAGACCCCCGACGAGGAGCUGCGCCGCUACUUCGAGCCCUUCGGCGACAUCCUCGAGGCCGUCAUCAUCCGCGACAAGAACACCGGCCGCUCCAAAGGCUAUGGCUUUGUAACGUUCCGGGACGCGGAAUCGGCGAGGCGGUCGGUGUCGGAGCCGAACCCGGUGAUCGACGGCCGGCGAGCCAACUGCAACAUUGCCUCCCAGGGCCGGCCUCGCCCCUCCCCACCUCGAGGGAGAUCUCCAGCUGGGCCCCCAUACCAGGGCCCACCACAGACCAUGGGCCCACCAUAUAGCAGAGUGCCAGCCCAAAUGCCUCCUCCUCACCCACCAGUAAUCUACCCUACUCAAUUCGGGUAUAUGACCUACCCAUCUGAUUAUGGAUACCAACAAGCUGUGUACAAUCCUCAGAUGACUCCGCAAUACUACCAGAUGUAUGGGGCCACCUCACCAUCCACCGUGGGCCCUCCACCGUACCAUUAUACGGGUGUGGGAUACACCAUGCCAAAUCCAAGGACUAGUUUUCAAUCACCUCAGCACAGGCCGCAUCCACCGUACAUUCAGUAUCCGACGGCCCAGAUGGAGGGGCCGUUUCCUCCGCCAUCCUUGCCUUCUAACUUUCAACUCCAACACCCUCCUCACGUGAGACAACAACCCCUCAACAUAACAGAUUCUCAUGCCUCACAACCGCCGUCGGCGGCGGGAUCAAAUGCCGAGAGCACAGAUGCUUGAAGAAGCCAGUUUGCAUAUUUUUCAACUCUCACUUCAUUCAUCGACAUAUUUGGCGACUCGGAAGUACCAUGAGAAGAUUUAAUCUCGCUCAAAUAAGUGAUAUUAAGCAGAGAUUUUUUUUAAUUUUUUUAAUUUUUUUUCUCUCUUCCCCUCCUACAAAAGAUUCAUGACUAGGGCAAAGUGAAUUGGAUGAUCAUGAGUUGUGACAUGUGCCCUAGGAUAUUUACUAAACAAUCUUCAUUAUUUGUUUUUUGAUUAUUUUCAUUUUUUUUUUUUAUUAACAUUCUUGUCAGGCAUCUUCUCAAUGAAUCAUCUGUCGCGAGACAUUUCGAAUACCAUGCGAAGAAAUGUUGAAAAUUUUAAAUGUGGAUUCACAUUCGCGAUC